CAGUGUUGAUAAAAAUGUUGUGAAGUGUGGUUGGAAGCGGUGGUAGCCUGUAAUUUUACUGGUUUCGUUUGUUUUAUUUUGUUGAAAUUUUUUAUAACAAAACAAAAAUAAAAAACAAAGAAUAAAAAUAUAUUUUAAGUAUCAAAAUAAAAACUGUUUAAUUUUUCAAUUAAAAUUUGCUGGCGUUUGUUUAAAGAUAUAUAAAUUAAACUCAAAAACCAAAAAUAGCAAACAAAUAUACAGCCUACGUCACUAUAAACAAAAUCCAACAAAAGACAAAGCAGCCACGUAAUACAGUCGCGAGGCAGGCUUUCUCAGUUUAACUCACAGUCACAGCAACAGCGAAAGCUGCAGCAUCAACACUGCAAGCAGCAAACGGUAACGUCAGGUACGAGGCGGCGUCAUUUAAAUAAUUUCAAUCCUUUGAGCUUGACCAAGCACACACACACACACGUAAAAUGUUGAAUGUUAGAAAGUCAAGUGACGAUAAAGUCGACACUUUGCUGGCUAGAGGAUUGGUGCCAAUAAUCGAUCUUGCACACUGCGGUACUGAAGAAUGUCCGGUAAAAUCAGUGGUCAAUCGUGUAGGACUUCAGUUGCAAAAAGCGCUUUCAGAAAAGGGCAUGGCACUUCUUGUAAAUCAUGGUAUAGCUGAUGAAAAGUUAAAGACAGCUUGGGAUCAUUUAGAUGACUUUGUUGAAUUAUCUGAAGAUGUUAAAGAACAUUACAUACGCACACCUAAAGACAAUCAUGGAUAUGUCAGUCCCGGUCUUGAACGUUUCGACGGAAAAACACCAGAGCUAAGACAUGCCUUUAAUAUUAGCACACUUAAUGCUAAAAAUUUACCAGAAGAGCCAUUGCCUGGUUUUGCGGAACACAUUUCAACUUUGGCUAAAGAUUUUAAAUCACUGGCUAGUUUUAUACUUCAAUCUUUAGCCGUUUCAUUAGAUAUACCACAAUCAUUUUUUACUGAAAAACAUUCUCAUAUGUUAUCUGGUGAUCAUGACAAUGAAACUACAUUACGCUUAUUGUAUUAUCCACCCAUAAUAGAAGAUGAUGAGAAAAAUGAAUAUAUACGUGGUCAUUGUAAAUAUAGUUAUCAACGUUGCUUAUCAGAUCAGCCCGACUUUCGACCAGAGCAUAAUCCGCGUGAUGAUGAACUAAAUGAAACUGAUAACACAAAUGGAAGUGAUCAGGCAAAAUCUACAGAACGUCAACUAGCUAAUGGUUCAGUAAUACGUUGUGGUGCACACACAGACUAUGGCACAUUUACAUUAUUGGCUCAAGACUCUGAAGGAGGUUUGGAAGUUAAAUUGCCAGGAAGCGAGAAAUGGCAUCGUGUUGGACAUUUGCCUGGUGCAAUUUUAGUGAAUUGUGGUGAAAUUUUAUCAAUAUGGACACAAGAACGUUAUCCCGCUUUGCAACAUCGUGUCGUCAUUCCGGAACAAGAACACAUACGUUCACGUGGUCGUCAUUCUAUAGCAUUUUUCUGUCAUCCAGAUAAUUUGACGAUGAUUUCACCUAACGAUUUACCCUUACCUGAAGUUCAAGACACAACGUGUAAAAAGGGACGAAAGAAGUCUUUUAAAGCUGCAAAAGAUAAAGUCUACAAUGCAUACCAGUUAAUACAGAAAAGAUUCAGAGACACGUAUAAUAACUCACAAUAAACAGAGUACUUAACCGAACCAGUGUUGGCUUUCUUCAAGUGAAUUAUUAGUCGAAACUGUUAAAAAUCAUUUAUCUGAAUUAUUUGAUCGAUUUAUUGAUCGAUCUUAUAAUAAAUUUGUAUUAAUUU